GUUUACCAUCUGCAAGGUGUAACUAGUUGCUCUAUAUUAUUAUAAUUGGUAAUAGUAGUAGUUCUGAAAAUCCGAUUAGGAGAAAAAACAGUUAGAACUAAGAAGACUGACUCAACGAUAUUCUUUGAUAUCCUCGAAAGCAAAUCACUUUUAUGAAAUCAAGAACGAACCGUCUUGCAGAAUCUCUUAAAUCCCUCAGAAUCCGACAAUGGGAAUUGGGUCGUUGAAAAGCCGCACAAGGCUGAUGGUGAUGGUAGUUUUAAUGGCUCUGCAGAAGGGAGCUUAUGGGAUCAGAUUUGUGAUAGAUAGAGAGGAAUGUUUAACACAUAAUGUUGAAUACGAUGGAGAUACAGUUCAUGUUUCUUUUGUUGUGAUCAAAGCUGAUUCCCCUUGGCAAUAUGGCGAAGAAGGUGUUGAUUUUGUGAUUAAGGGUCCAAUUGGCGAACAAAUUCAAGAUUUCCUUGACAAGACCAGUGAGAAGUUUGAGUUCACGGCUCAAAGAAAAGGCCUUUAUCGCUUUUGCUUUACAAACAAGUCACCGUAUCACGAAACCAUAGAUUUUGAUGUGCAUGUUGGCCAUUUUUCAUAUUACGAUCAGCAUGCAAAGGAUGAGCAUUUCAAUCCUUUGCUUGAGCAAAUCUCAAAGCUGGAGGAAGCUUUGUACAAUAUACAGUUCGAACAACAUUGGCUUGAGGCACAGACUGAUCGUCAGGCAUUAGUGAAUGAGAAUAUGAGCAAAAGAGCAAUCCACAAGGCAUUGUUUGAAUCUGCUGCACUAAUCGGGGCCAGUGUUCUUCAAGUUUUCCUCCUGAAGCGCCUCUUCGACCGGAAGCUUGGAACAUCCAGAGUCUAAUAUUUCUUUUCUUUUUUUUAUUUUUUAUUUUUUUAUGUAUGUACUUUUCAUUCUAUUCAUUAAUUGAAAC